AUGACAUACCCGGCAGACGACGACAACCCCUGGACCUCUUUGGACGCCGUUCAACAAGUCACAAGACGCUCAAAGGAAUACAAGAUGGCCCUGGGGGAGAUCAACAAACAGCGGGCAAAGGACAAGCUCAAGCGAUUAGAAGACUUGCCUGUCGGACACCCACUGGCAGCAUCUUCCUCACCGUCUGUUCCGACAGCCUCCUCAUCGUCGCAGUCCACACCAGCCGCAUCUUCAUCUUCCGCACUUUUGACCCCAGCAGCGUCUACUCCACCGUCAACCACUGCGGGGACGUCCUCACCCCCAGCUGGUGCAGUGUCUGCCCCACCGCCAGCGACUCCCAUAACGGUGCCAGAGAAGACGCGCGAGGAAAUGUUUAUCGUCGUAUUCGAGCGUCUCAGUGACCUAAUCCGACAGAUCAAUCAAACAGUUCAGCAAGUAAAGCGGAAUGACCGGUCCUUAUCAGACCACUCUGUGAAGGUCAAUGCUGUCAACGAGCUUAACCGUCAAAUCAAGGACAUCAGAGACACGAUUAAGGAAUUAUACGGCCUGGAUGCCCCGCUUUCGAAUAAUGAGACGGCUGAGACUCUCACAUAUCGUCGCUGUUCCCUCAUCGAGCUGAACGACCAAGUGCAAAUGCUUUGCCACGUGAUUGAGCACCAGUUGCAGAUAGCUCGUACGGCCAUCAAGGAGCCUCUUGGAUCCUUCGGGCCCGCCUUCAGGGAGGUUCUUGACCAGGUCCGACAGCUUCAUAAAGCCAUUCUUUACAUUCAACUGGAAGGCGACAUUUUCGAAAACCGUGGCAAGGAAAUCCUCACGGCCAAGAAGACCGAAUUGGACAGACUCAAAGGACAAAUCGUACAGCUUGAAGACAAAAUUCUGAAGAGCCAGACGGAAAAUCCCGGCCCCCUGGACAUAAAUUCAAGAGUCGUCUACGACGUGAAGCAGCCUCCAUGGUAUCAGAGAUUGGGCAAGAACUUGUCAACAAGGAUCGAUAUGUCUCUUACACCGUUCCCGCGUUAUCCAGGAACCACUCCAGCGCUAGACAUUUUGAACAUUAUCCUGGACAUCACAUUUUCGGCCUCACUCAGCUUGUACGCCAACACCCACAUGUUUGCCAAUAUGAGAGAUAUCCUCAACUUCUUCGCGUACUACUCCGUCAUUUUUGCCAUGUGGUGGUCGCAGCGUCCCAUCUGGGGUCGAAGUGUUCCUGAGAUACACAUUGCUAUGACGUUUGUCAACAUUGUUGCCUUUCUCUAUAUUGGCCUUGCCAGCGCAGGAUGGGAUUUAGUCGGUCUUACAACCUGGGACGCAGACCCGAACGAUGUCGCAUAUGUCGAGGCGGCUGCCGAUCCUAAGCACUGUGACUCUCAAAUCAUGGUCGGAGAGAUUCUGGCCUGCCUGCUUUUCCUUCAGGAGUGCAAUGGGCAGCUUUUGCGGCGUGCCCAUGCCCUAUUCAAGCUCCUCAAACCUUGGUAUGACGACCAUGUCGAAAUGGGCGAGGACGCGUCCUAUAGUAUUGUCAAGCAGCUCUAUCAAAUAUUCAAGACCAUGGACAAGCUGGAUCAGGGGGCCAACCUCUUGUCGUCAAACCCUCCACAUCGCGAGGGCAAACAAGCCGAGCAAAAUAAUCAGCUUCGCCCUCUCUCGUCGGACUGGACCGGGCACUGCAACAUCGCCCGCAGCCUACACGUCGAGGUCCAGGAGAUGAUGGGCCAUAACACCGCCGAUGAGUCCAAUGACGAGAACUUCACCCGCAAGGCCAGGAGGCGAACCUGGCGCCUCAAUGUCCGAAAAGCUCUCGAGGGCCAGGAGUUACGAUCACAAGACAACCGCUUCGCCGCCCGUAACGCACAGAACGCUGCAAACGGCAGACGAAGGGAGCGAUUGCUGUCUCUGACUUUCAUCAUUCUAGGUGAAGGGUUGAACAAUCUGACAUCGCCUUUCGAAACUGCCCUGUCGAUUUGGGGUGUGAAGUCUAUAUUCGUCUGUCAAAUGCUGCUAGUCGUUUUGGUUGUGCUCUCCCUGUGUCGCUUCAUUUGGAUGGAGAGGAGCGGAUUCAACGACAUCGCAGAGCUUCGUGUCUGGGCGUUUGAGAUGAUUCACUUCCCGCUCCUGUUUGCUAUUUUUUUAUUGCUGGUAGGAAUGGCAAACGCCAUGCAAUCGAUCGUGAGCGGAGUGUGGUUCCUCAAAGUCUGUCAACAAUUCGACGCCCUCGUGAACAAUCCACACGACACCACCCUGAGGCUGUCACUUAGCAGCAGCCUCAAGCGCCUCGACCUUGACCCAACGUUCGACACUUGGCUUUCUGAAACCAACGUUUCAGACACGUCAGCAGCAGUUGACGUGUACCAGUACGCCGGCCAGAUACUGGGCAAGGUCAUUGAUGCUACUGGCUGGGAUGCCGGAGUGAUUGUCGACGACUCCAUUCCAGCUGUUCCAAACAGGAAAAACCAGCUUUCUGUCCGAGCUCAUUCGCGCAGCCUUCUGGUUACUUCCUGUUAUGGUGAGCUCCUAUUGAAUUCGAACACUGAUAUCCAGGGUAUCGUUCUUGUGCUCCUCGCACUUCGUGUCAUGUUGUCGGAUGGUUACAUUGCGGAUAAAAUGGUUGAAUGGGGCAUCUAUUCUCGGAGGCCGGACGCUGCGGGGAGCUCCGGUGGCGGUCCGAUCCGAACUGGAACUUCGAAGAUCAUGUCUGCUGAGGUCGCCCAACUGGUUUUGGGAUUAGGCGUUGUCUCGGUUGGUGCAGGUAUCUACAAGGUCAAAUCUCCCGACUCGCCUAUACCUGUCAACGCCUCAUUGGCGUAUGUGCCAUUCCACAGUGCAAUUUGGAACUGGCUCCAAGCAGAGUGGAUCAUCCCGACUCUCAGUCUGAUCUGUCUGGCUGUAAUCGCAGUCAAGAGUGCCGUCAAGUACGCGUGCACUUUAGUCGAAAGGCGGCAGCUUGAUGCGAUCAGGAAUGAUGUUGAGGCCUGGAGCGGGUUUGCGCCAGUGACAAACAGGCCCAAUUCACAACGCCCCAACACACCCACUGCCAGCCAAGGACAUGGUGGCGUCCAGAGUCCGACCGCCAAUAGCCGGAGGUCAAGUGCCAGCCAACACAGUACGAUACCGAUGGUCCAACUUGGCGUGCAGAGUGCAGUCACCGGUAGCCCCAGGCCAAGUUCCAGCCAACAGAGUGCGGUACCGGUGGUCCAACCCAACACGUCUCGUGCCAACAGCCACGGUCAAGGGUCUAUCAGGCGCCAGAGUUCCAAUGGUAGCCAGAGGUCAAGCGGCAGUCGAAAGUCAACCAACAGUCAAGGAAUUAGAGGCACCAGCAGCCCGAUGCCAGGUGGCAGCCAACAGAGUGCGGUCCCGGUCGUCCAACCCAACACACCUGGUGUCAGCAACGGCCAAGGGUCCAUCAGGAGCCAGCGGUCAAAUCAACGCGGUCUAGUCCCAAGCGGUUCUUCGCCAGCAAUGAAUCCUAUACAGAACGGAGCUGCCCAUCGACGGUGA